AUCCAAUCACCUUAAUAGGCUUCAAAGCUUCUGCUACCAAGAUGCAAACCUUGCCCAGUCCUGGUGAAUCCUUCACCUGUAGCGCACCGCCUUAUGACAGAGCCAAAGAAGCAAAGGAAUUUGACGAGACCAAAGCCGGUGUCAAAGGCCUCGUCGACUCGGGCGUGGCCAAGGUCCCUAGGCUCUUCAUCCACCCACCCCAGAACCUGCGUGACCUGUCCUCCGACACGGAUGGGGCCGCCACCGGCCUUGAGGUCCCUGUCAUCAACAUGAUGGGCUAUGGGGAUUGCCGGCGGAGGGACGUGGUCAACGAUCUCCGUAGAGCAUCGGAGACUUGGGGUUGCUUCCGGAUGAUCAACCACGGAAUCCCGGUCGACGCUAUGGAACGCAUGCUGGAAGCUGUCAAGCAGUUCCACGAGCAGCCUGAGGGAGUGAAGAGAGAGUGGUACUCCAGAGACGAUGCUAAGAAAUUUAGGUACUACAGCAAUGGAGACUUAUUUUGGUCCAAAGCAGCAACUUGGAAGGACACUCUCUUCUUUGAGUUGCCGUUUGAAGGGCCAGAACCAGAGGCAGUCCCUGUUCUAUGCAGAGAGCCGGUUUUUGAGUAUGAAAAACACAUCGAAAAAUUGAAGAGAGCUCUGUCCGAGCUACUAUCAGAGGCAUUAGGGCUUGAUUCAGGCUAUCUUGGUGAAAUUGAAUGCAUGGAAUCCAAGAGAAUGGUAGGCCAUUACUACCCAAUUUGCCCUGAGCCAGAGCUGACUAUAGGCACAAUCAAUCAUUCAGAUGCCACAAUUCUCACUCUUCUCCUACAAAACAACCAAGGAGGCCUCCAGGUCCGCCACCAAAACCAGUGGGUUGAUGUGUCCCCUGUGCCUGGAGCAAUCCUAGCCAACAUGGGAGACCUCAUGCAGCUUGUUAGCAACGACAAGUUCAAGAGCGCGGAGCAUCGGGUCCUCGCCAGGCGGGCUGGGCCUCGGGUCUCGGUCGCGUGCUUCGUCUUCCCCGGGGGGACACAGAAGUCGAAGCCGUAUGGACCGAUAGAGGAGCUUCUCGACGAGGACAAUCCACCCCUGUACAGAGAGACCUCUUUCACAGAGUACUAUGGGUAUUACCUCUCCGGUGGCAAUGGCCUGAAUGGUGAACCUGUACUUCCUCAUUUCAGAAUGAUGCAAACCUCGCCUAGUCCGGGAGAAUUCAUCACUCACCGCGACACAGUUUACAACAGAGCGAAAGAAUUGCGGGAGUUCGACGAGACCAAGGCCGGAGUCAAAGGCCUCGUGGACUCUGGCGUGGCCAAGAUCCCUAGGAUCUUCAUGCACCCGCCCGAGAACUUGCACGGUUUGUCAUCCAACACGAAGAGGGCCUGCCUCCGGGGCCCGAUCAUCGAUCCGAGAGACUGUCGGGAUUCUCGACGUCGAGAUAUCACCGAUGGUAUUCGUGAAGCAUCAGAGGCGUGGGGGUUCUUCCAGAUAAUCAAUCACGGGAUUCCACUUGACGUGAUGGACAGCAUGUUGGAGGGUGUGAGGAAGUUCCAUGAGCAAGAAGUGGAAGUGAAGAAAGAGCUGUACUCUAGAGAUGGUAUGAAGAGAGUGAGGUACUUUAGCAAUGGAGACUUGUUCCAGUCAAAAGCAGCAGCCUGGAGAGAUAGCGUCCUAUUUGAUUUCCAGGAUGGUGUCCUAGACCCCGAGGCUGUUCCUCCUAUUUGCAGAGAGGCAGUUUUCGAGUACGAGAAGCAUAUGGUCAGGCUGAAGACAUCUUUAUCCGAACUGUUCUCGGAGGCAUUGGGACUUCGUUCCUAUUAUCUCAGUGGCAUUGAGUGUAUGAAAUCGGAGACACUAACAUGCCAUUACUACCCAGCUUGUCCUGAACCAGAAUUGACUCUCGGUACAAUUAAUCACUCGGACUUAUCGUGUCUGACUCUUCUCCUUCAAGACCACCACGGUGGCCUCCAAGUCCUCCAUGAAAACCACUGGGUUGAUGUGGUUCCCGUGAAGGGAGCAAUUCUAGCCAACAUUGGAGACUUCAUGCAGCUUGUUACCAAUGACAAGUUCAAAAGCGUGGAGCACCGAGUACUCGCCGGGCGGGUUGGACCCAGGGUUUCGGUCGCAUGCUUUCUCUCCCCAGGCUGGACGCAAAAAACCAAACUCUUUGGGCCAAUAAAGGAGCUUCUCUCUGAAAACAAUCCACCUAUAUACAAAGAAACCUCUCCUUUGGAGUACGUCACCUAUUAUAUAUCCCAUGGCCUGAGCGGCAAUUCAGCACUUCCUCAUUUCAGGAUGAGCGACUCCAAAUAGGGCGGAGUUGUGGAAAAUCCUGAAUGAGUGUGUCUUGACUGGUUAUAUCAUUUAUCUGAGUUUGUGGCAGGACUUUGCACCUGUCUGUUUCGAUAUGUGCAAUAAAAUCUUACUUAUCUCAAACAAACCA